AUGGGUUGUUCUUGCAGUUGUCUUCGAGGUCAUGAGGAUUCCGGCCUAUACCGUCAAUUGUUAGCAGACAACGAGAGAGAAGCAAUUGCAUCAUUGUUGGAAUAUUUAGAAAACAGAACCGAUGUUGAUUUUUUUUCAGAAGGUCCAUUGAGGGCAUUGAGCACACUGGUUUAUUCUGACAACAUCGAUCUACAAAGAAGCGCUGCUUUGGCAUUUGCAGAAAUCACUGAAAAGGAAAUCAGACCGGUCAAUAGGGAUGUCUUAGAACCAAUUCUUAUUCUACUGCAAAGCACUGAUCAAGAAGUCCAAAGGGCCGCUUGUGCUGCAUUGGGAAAUUUGGCCGUCAAUGAUGAAAACAAGGUACUGAUUGUUGAAAUGGGUGGUUUGACCCCUUUGAUUAGACAAAUGAUGUGUCCGAAUAUCGAAGUUCAAUGUAAUGCCGUUGGUUGUAUAACCAACUUGGCAACCCAAGAUCAAAAUAAAACCAAGAUUGCCAAAUCGGGUGCCUUGAUCCCUUUGACUAAAUUGGCGAAUUCUCCCGAUUUGAGGGUCCAAAGAAACGCAACUGGCGCUUUGUUGAACAUGACACACUCCUACGAAAAUAGAAAAGAGUUGGUUGAUGCUGGUUCAGUACCCGUUUUAGUUCAGUUAUUAACUAACCCGGAUCCUGAUAUUCAAUAUUAUUGUACAACAGCCUUAUCCAACAUUGCUGUUGAUGAGGAAAAUAGGAAAAUGUUAGCUACAACCGAACCAAAAUUAGUUAGUCAGUUAGUUCAGUUGAUGGAUUCUUCAAGUACAAGGGUUCAAUGCCAAGCUACAUUGGCUUUGAGAAACCUAGCCAGUGACGGCCUUUACCAGCUAGAGAUUGUUAGGGCUGGAGGCCUACCUAAUUUGGUGCAACUCUUACAGUCACCUCAUGAACCUCUUGUCCUAGCAGCUGUCGCUUGUAUUAGAAACAUUUCAAUCCAUCCAAUGAAUGAAGUCUUGAUUGUCGAAACCGGUUUUCUAAAACCACUGGUUGAAUUGGUUGAUUAUCCAAAUAACACAGAGAUCCAAUGUCAUGCAGUUUCGAGUUUAAGAAAUUUGGCUGCCAGCUCAGAAAGAAAUAGGUUGGCCUUGCUGGAAGCUGGUGCAAUUGAAAAGUGUAAAAAUCUGGUUUUGAAUGCCCAUGAAAGUGUUCAAAGUGAAAUUUCCGCUUGCUUUGCCAUCCUAGCUUUGGCUGAUGAAUUAAAGGAGAAAUUGUUGGAAAUGAAUAUAAUUGAUGUUUUGAUUCCGUUGACCAAAUCUCCAAAUUCGGAAGUUUGUGGUAAUUCUGCUGCUGCCUUGGCAAAUUUAUGUUCGAGGAUUCAAUCUUACAAGAUUAUCUUACAACAUUAUGAUGAAAUAUCCGAGUUCAUAUCGAAUUUCUUGAAGAGUCGGAAUCCAACAUUUGAGCAUAUUGCACUAUGGACAAUAUUACAGUUGUUGGAGUCCAACAAUAAGGAAAUCAAAGAUAAAAUUAAGAAGGAAAUAAGUAAGGGAAAAAUUGAUUUGAGUAACUUGACAGGCGAAAAUAAUGACAAUCAUGAAAUAUCUAAUUUGACUAUUCAAAUUCUUGAUUUGAUUAAAUGA